GCUUACAGAUUUCAUUAGAAAGAUAUCCAUAUAUAGGACUCCAGCAACCUUAGCCUAAAAUGGAUUUUCUUUCACCUUCCCUAUAUUCCGCCAUAGCUGGACUUAUUGCUAUAAUUAUUUUCUCCCACUAUCUUCUAAAGAGGUCAAGGGUUGGUGUAGCCAAAACAGUACCUAUUGCUCCUGGUGCAUGGCCUGUAAUUGGUCACCUCCCUCUGUUAGGGGGAACCCAACCUCCUCACCUAACUUUGGGAGCCAUGGCUGACAAGUAUGGACCACUUUUUACUAUCAAGCUUGGAUUGCAUCCAGCUUUGGUGGUGAGCAGCUGGGACAUGGCCAAAGAGUGCUUCACCACCAACGACAUGGCCGUGUCAUCGCGACCCAAUUUAGUAGCCGCAAAACACAUGGGCUAUAACUAUGCCUUGUUUGCAUUUGCACCCCAUGGUCCCUAUUGGCGUGAGUUGCGUAAAAUAAUCACGUUAGAGCUACUAUCAACCCGUCGGCUUGGCCAGCUUGCCUAUAUUCGAGUCUCUGAAGUUGAGAUGUUCUUGAAAGGUCUAUACAAACUUUGGACCAAGGAAAAGAACGAGCCAGGCCAAAUUUUAGUGGAGUUGAAGCAAUGGUUUGGGGACAUGAGUCUCAACGUGAUUCUUAGAAUGAUUGCUGGAAAGCGGUACUUUGGUGUUAAUCAUGAUGUUGUUCAGGAAAAAGAGGCACGGUGCUGCCAAAAGGCGGUGCGGGAUUUCUUGAAUUUACUGGGUUUGUUUGUGGUGUCGGAUGCAAUUCCAUAUCUUAGGUGGUUGGAUUUGGGUGGACAUGAAAAGGCCAUGAAGAGAACUGCAAGAGAGAUUGACAACAUUCUUGGGGAAUGGUUGGAAGAGCAUAAGCGAAAGAGAGUCUCCGGUAAAACUAAAGAGCAAGAUUUCAUGGACGUAAUGCUUUCGGUCACUGAUGGAGCAGACCUUGGAGGUUAUGAUCCUGACACAGUCAACAAAGCCACAUGUUUGAAUAUGAUCGCCGGUGGAAAUGACACCAUUGUAGUAACCUUAACUUGGGCAAUAUCACUAUUGCUGAAUAACUGCCAUGUAUUGAAAAAGGCCCAAGAUGAGCUUGACGACCAAGUGGGCAAGGAAAGAAUUGUAAACGAGUCGGACAUAAAUAAGUUGUUGUACCUCCAAGCCAUAGUUAAAGAGACUUUACGUUUGUAUCCCGGGGCCCCACUAUCAGGACCACGUGAAUUCACCGAGGACUGCACCAUAGGUGGUUACCAUGUCCCAAAAGGCACUCGGCUAAUCCCAAACCUUUGGAAAAUCCAAACAGACCAUCACAAAUGGUCCGACCCAUUAAAGUUCAAGCCAGAAAGAUUUCUCACCACCCACAAGGAUGUUGAUUUUAAGGGGCAAAACUUUGAGUUUAUCCCAUUUGGAAGUGGUAGAAGAAUAUGCCCCGGAGCAUCUUUUGGAGUUCAAAUGGUGCACUUAGCACUUGCUAGUUUUUUACACAUGUAUGACAUUUCUACUCCCUCGAAUGUAAAGGUUGAUAUGACUGAGAGCUUUGGAAUCACAAACUUGAAAGCCACCCCACUUGAAGUUCUCAUCACACCACGCCUGCACCUCACGAGCUUUAUGGAUUAGUCCAUCUAAAUAGAAGUAUAGAACUCAAGUGUACUUCUAAGUCUUGAAGUUCUCAUCACACCACGCCUGCACCUCACGAGCUUUAUGGAUUAGUCCAUCUAAAUAGAAGUAUAGAACUCAAGUGUACUUCUAAGUGUUGUUGAAUUUUUCUUAUGGAGUUUGAUGAUGUAAAAUGGAAAUUUCAGUGCCUAUAUAACACUCUUUUGUCAAAUAUCAUGCUUCCGGUGCUCCAACUGGUGUAUUGAUCUACAGGAAUGGAACCAAAAUUCAAACCUAAGCCAAACCUUAAAACAAUCUUUUAUUUUUUAUGAAAAUAAAAACUAGCAUUUAUUUCAUAUUCAACAAAAUACUAUAUACAAAAUAAGUGUUUCUUAAACAUUUGAUAUUAUAAAGAUAUCAAAACAAUCACAAAAUAAAGACUUUGUCCUCAAAAAACAAUCACUUACCAAAGAUUUUGGUCUCACAAAUUCACAAUCACAGUAUUCACGUCCCAGUGGUCCCACUAUAUGUCUUUAUAGAUAAAACCAAAAAAAAUAAAAAAUAAAAAAUAAAUAAAAAAUAAAAAAUAACAAACACAAGUCCACACAAAAAGUCACAAUUACACAGUACAAAUCCACAAACUACAGUCCACACAACACACCACAGUCACAAUCCAUAAAAAGUCACAAACACAACACACCACAGUUCAUAAGAAAUGCAAAAGUUAGAGGGCCAGAGGCAGAGCAUUAUAGCAAAGACAAAAAAAAAAAAAAAAAAAAAAAAAAAAAAAAAAAAAAAAAAACACAAA